CAACAAAGGUUUCAGAAAAACGGAAACGUUGUUCAAUUUUGAAUUUUAAUCUGGUAAAUCAGCGAAAAAUUCUCCAUUAUUAUGAAUUUUGGUGUCAACGUUAUUUCCUAAUGUAUUCUACAUUGAAUUAAAAACAUUUAUUAACUUUAUCGUACUUUGAAUAAGGAAAUUCGACAUUAAAUUCCGUUUGUUUACGAAGGUAUUUCAAGUUUCAAAUCUGACAGUUCGGCUGCUGAGGGAUCGACAUUUUUCGAUUCCUCUCUGUGCCCAGCCAGCUAGUGCAAAGGCAAAAGGCAGGCAACAAAUCGUUCGCGCGAGCCCCAGAUCUGGUCGAGAAAUUAGUGCUCAAGUGAAAAAGUUCUCCAUGUUUGAUUUCUCGUGCAGAUAAAGGCGUGUUUCCGAGCCGGAAAAGUGCAUUUUCAGCGUUGAAAUCGCGUUCAGUUCGGUGCCAUUUGCAUGGUGAAAAUGUCAGGAAUCGAUUUGGGACUUGUUUAGUUGAUCUUUCUCGAGCUUUGGGGGCAAAAAGACUUUCGAAGGUGCCCUUUGUGAGGUGGGAUUCUGCCCCGUUUUCUAUUCUGAGAGUGAGCGAACUGGUGAACAAUUUCAAUACUCGUCUCAGUGGACUUUAUUUAAGAACAGUAAAACUGACCACGAAUGAGAUCUUUUUAACGUCGAAAUGGAUGUGGAUUCGCCAAAUUCCCUGAAAAGAUGCUCUAGUGCACCACAAAUCAACAAUCUACUCCCAACAGCCACCGUUGGAGUCCAUCAUCAUCAAAUUCAUCAGCAGCAACAGCAACAGCAGUCUGUUGUUCCCAUGGAUGAAGGACAAUCACAGUCAACGGGUGAACCAUCAACCGGUCCAACCACCGGAAACGGUACCACCCUACAACAUCAACAACAACAACAGCAAUCUGCUGCCAAUCAAAACCAUCAGCAAUUAACCCACCAACGGCCAACGUCGUUAUCAAAUUCGCCGGCCAGCAUUCCCGGCAUACCAGGAAGCGGAAGUGGUUCUGGUAUCAUCGGAAGUUCUCUAACCCUGAGCGGACACAGUCAACACCAGCGAAGUCAUUCGCCGCACAAUGUCAAUGCAAUGUCUUCCAGCACCUCCAGUUUGCUGGCCGGGUCACAUUCACCCGUGCUAAGGGACCCUCCGCCGACUUCGUUUUCUAACAUCUUUGCACCGAGGGCCCGUCGAUUCUCGGCCAGCUUCAGCCCUCUGGCCGUCAUAUCCAAUGGCAGUUCUAGUCCAAGCCGUUCCGGUAGCUGCACCCCGGGCCCAAGGUUAACGCCCCGAAUAUCCCAGCUGCGCCAGGAGGAGUCGGCCGAUGUAACCAACAGCCGUGAAGUCAACCAUGAACGGGAAAUACAUUCGGCCAUGCAAAUGUCCCAAAGCUAUGAGGAUCUAACGCUGGUCACCGAGAAUUGGUCCUUCGGGUCGGGCUCCGGUGGAAUCAACAAACAUAACGAGGAUCUUGCCAAUCCUCUGCACGUGGCUCUUCCAUCCGUUGGAACGACCUACUGCUCUAGUCCUUCCCCAACCAGUCGCGGUGGUCUAGGUCUACAGUAUCCAACUAGUUCACCAUCGCCAACGCGAAAGUAUGUCACCAGGCGGUCAAUGUCGCCUUGUACCAUCCGGCCGAGCCCGUUGAGCUCGUCAGUAAAGCGAAAAUUCGACUUGGAUGAUCACAACGGAAGCAGUUGCUAUUCGCCACCACCACUGAAAAAGAUAUUCAACCCGGAAAGGGGAUCAUCUCCCGUGUGCCAAACACCGUCACCUUCUCCCAUCUGUCCCAGUCCGGAUUCGUCGACCGCAUCGUUUGAAAAUGGAAGCAAUAACGCGAGCAGCAGUGGUCGAAUCACGCCAAAAUUCUUCGUAACCAAGCUGAGCAGCGGUGUCGGCAGUAAUGGCAAUACUAGUAUGCUCGGUGGUCCGCCAGUGGGGUUAUCCUGUAGCUUGGCACAUCCGCUGCAUACCGAUUCGCCACCACUGUCCACGUCCUCAUCGUCGUCGCUCAUGAUGAUGGACUGUGGAGUGAGCAGUAGCAGCGGUCAUCAUCCACUGCUGGAAGAGGAUUCUAGCAUGAUUGGGAAAAGCAGAACUGCCCAGGUUGCUCCCAUGGUGGAAAGUUCUUCUGCAGGAGUCAAAAUCGAUUGUGAUGAGGACAUAACCGACUUGAAUGUGAUUGCCAGCAGCACCAGUACCACGAGUAUGCUGACGUCAGAAUCAUCCGAGGCGAUGAUGGAAGAAGUGUUGCACAAAACGACCACGACUCGGCCAGCGCUGCCUAGCGAAAGCCACUGCCAAUCGGAAUCGGAACUGCUGGACAGUAGCAGCAGUGGAAUCGGCCAAAGUCACAGCCGCUUGAGCACCUGCAGUAUCAGUAAUGCAAAUAGUACCGAUAAUAAUAGUGAAAGCAGUAGCUCUCUGUGUCCCAUGGCAUUUAGUGCAGGUGGAGGAAGUGCAAAUCCAUCUGCUAGCGCUUUUAUAGCCAACAAUAUAGAAAUAGCAGAAAUCUAACCUUCCCUUUCCGGACCAUGCAUUUCUUUAAUCAUAUAAUAUUAGCCAACACGCUUAGGAAAAUCGCCAUAGUUUUUCCAAAUCUAUUUUUUUUCUUUUUUAUCUACCGAUUUGUACAGUAGCAAGUAAGAUUUUCUUUUUCGAACUUUUCAAGUUCCUCAUAAAACAGAACGAACAUGUUGUGCCGAUAUCGAUUUCUUUUUCAUUGUACACUUCUAAUUGAAGAGUGAAACUUAGAAAACAUAUUUUUCGCAAAAGCAAAAGAAAGUGUUCUAGUGUUUCAUCUAUCGAGCGAAUUCAAAUUUAAAAAUAAACAUCGUCUUUCUUAACAUGUUUGUGUAAGCUUGAAUUAGCUUAAUCUCCAAUAUCUUUUUUAAAAAGAUAGAAAAAAAACUUUUUUUUGUACGCGUACAUAUUUUUCGAUUGCUUGUUCUAUAACGUAUACAGAAUAGUAUCAAGAAAUAAUUGCCAUCAGUGCUAUAAUUUAUUCCGUUUCGCACAAUUUCAUUUAACAACUAGUUGAAACACUGGAACAAUUUUAUAAUUAUUCGAGAGUUCUGCUAUGGAUGCAUUGUAGUUGAAAUGAAUACAUAUCUUAAAAUCACUAAAGAUUUUGAACAGUUCUGUUACAAAAACAAAAAAAAAACAACAUGUAUCUGCGCUAGAUCGUUCCACAAAAAUCUAGAAAAAAAAUAACACGAGAGCACAACUUUUCCUCAGUCGUGCGAAAUCAAACCAUACCAAAUAACCAAAACGCAUUGUAAAGGAUCUUCCUUCAACAUAGUAGUUUGCACUUAUAUGUAGCAGCAGUUGCGUAAGCGGCAUGAUAUAAAUAAAGCAAAUAAAAUAGACACACACACAGAGAGAAAAAAAAACAAGUUUAGCAAUAGCUCCUUCUAUCGAAUGUUACUAAGUAGCACGGAAAUCCCGGAUGGUUCAAUCCUGUUAGAGAGAAAAGCAAUAACUGUACUGUACGAUCUGUUUGUCUAUCAUAAGAUUUUCUGAAGAAAAAAAAAAAAAAAUUCAAUCCAAUCCAAUAAAAUUCUACCAACACGUGUAUGAUCAAUAAGCUGAACAUUAUAGUGACACCGUGUUUCUAUACAUUGAUUUAAAGUUGCUUAUUUACGACACGCAAAUUCAUACGGUGAAUAAAAACAAAACCGAUAGUCAAACGUGUGCGACGAGCGAAAACGUGAAUUAAGAAAAUAUCGUUCUAUCUUUUGGGUAUGUGAAUGAAUUUAGUCUAAUCCCCAUACUAGGAGUUCAUAAAUAACGAAAAGUGAUAAUAAAAGAUAAUA